AUGGGCUCGGAUGUGCGAGACCUCAAUGCCCUGCUGCCAGCAGUGCCCACCCUCCCGGGGGGCAAUGGGAACUGUACCCUGCCUGUCAGCAGUGCCCCACAGUGGGCGCCCGUUCUGGACUUCCACACCAGCUCACCCUAUGGCUCCUUCAUCAAACAGGAGCCCAGCUGGAACACGGCUGACCCCCAUGAGGACCCACACUGCGGCUUGAGCGCCUUCACUGUCCACUUCUCUGGCCAGUUCACUGGCACAGGCGCGUGCAGGUAUGGGGCCUUUGGGGCACCUCCACCCAGCCAGCCCCCACCCAACCAGGCCAGGAUGUUCACCAAUGGACCCUACCUACCAAACUGCAUGGAGAACCAGCCAGCCUCCAGGAACCAGGGUUACAGCACAGUGGCAUUUGAUGGCCCUCCCAGCUAUGGCCACACACCCUCACACCACCCCUCUCAGUUCCCCAACCACUCCUUUAAGCAUGAGGACCCCAUCCCUCAGCAGACCAACAUGGGUGAACAGCAGUAUCCUGUUCCUCCCCCGGUUUAUGGUUGCCACACCCCCUCGGACAGCUGUGCAGGCAGCCAGGCGCUGCUCUUGAGAAACCCCUACAAUAGUGAUAAUUUAUACCAAAUGGCAUCCCAGCUGGAAUGUAUGGCAUGGAACCCCGUUAACACAUUGGCAUCCACCAUAAAGAGUGGCCAUAGCACAGGCUAUGAGAGUGACCCGAACACACCCAUGGUGUACAGCUGUAGUACACAGUACCGAAUCCACACCCAUGGAGUGUUCCGAGGAAUCCAGGAUGUCAGACGUGUUCCAAGCAUCACACCGGCUAUUGUGAGGUCAUCAGAGACCAAUGAGAAGCGUCCAUUUAUGUGUGCAUACCCUGGCUGCAACAAGAGAUACUUCAAGCUGUCCCACUUACAGAUGCACAGCAGAAAGCACACAGGGGAGAAGCCCUACCAGUGCGACUUCACAGACUGCGGCCGGAGGUUCUCUAGAUCAGACCAACUGAAGAGACAUCAGAGGAGACACACAGGAGUUAAACCCUUCCAGUGCGAGACCUGUCAGAGAAAGUUUUCACGGUCUGACCACCUUAAGACUCACACCCGGACUCAUACAGGUAAAACAAGUGAGAAGCCCUUCAACUGCAGAUGGCCCAACUGUCAGAAGAAGUUUGCCAGGUCUGACGAGCUUGUCCGGCACCAUAAUAUGCAUCAGAGGAACCUGACCAAGUUGCAGCUAGCACUCUGA